UCCCGAUGAAAAGUUGCAGAAGUUGUAAGGAAAAUCCUGAAGUGCAGAGAAAACGAGCCGAGAAGCCGUGGCGACGGGCUCCGAAGGCCAAAUCAGAAGUCGAAAAGCAUGGAAUCGGUCCACCGGACAGUGAUUCAGGGGAGGAAAUAUCAUUUCCUUGGUAUAAUGUGACCGGUAAAAUGCUUGUCGUCGGGAUGCAUGUGGAAAUCAAGCGGAGCGACGGCCGCAUCCACGGUGCCGUAAUCGCCGAAGUUAAGUCGAACGGCCGGUUUAUGGUGGAAUGGUAUGAGAAGGGCGAGACAAAAGGAAAGGAAUCCUCGUUGGAAGAACUUCUCACGCUGAACCCAUCACUCCAAGCACCGAAGCCUACGCCGCCGCCACAGCCUCCUCAAAAAACGCUUCAAGCGUCAACUGCUGUCAACAGACAAAACGGGAUCCAUGCGCAGAGCAUGAUACUCGAUGACGAGGAUACAUUCCUCUUGGAUCAUAUCAACAUGAUUCCGGCUAAAGGUGCUUCUGCCAACAAACGACCAACGGGAGCUUUCACGCAGCACGUUCCUGUUCGUAUGGCUCCUCCAUCCGAAAAGCCUCUCCCGACUCGUCGUGCUCCGUCACCGAAGGAGGAUGCUGCUCCUGCACCGAAGUCUACUCGUACGACAGCAGCCUUCAAGCCAGAUCUUGAUAGUACGGCGAUCACGGUUCCGAAGCACACUGCAAGGCGCACAGUUGUGGUAGCUCCAGCUCCGGCCCCUGUUCCUGCUCCACCAAUCGCCAACAUGACAUCACAGCGAGCCCCGUCUCCAGUGGCAAGAGUUCCGUCGCCGAAGAACGUACCGCGGUCGUAUCCACAACAGGAUGUUCAGCCGUCGAAUGGGAACUUUGCUUUCGCGGAGAUGAUUCGCAACUACAGAGCCCAGAUCGACUAUCGUCCGUUGAGCAUGUUCGACGGUGUCAACGAGAAUCGGAUUUCCGUUUGCGUUCGGAAGCGCCCACUGAACAAGAAGGAGCUGACGAAAGCGGAGGUCGAUGUGAUCACGAUCCCUUCUCGUGACAUCACAAUUCUCCAUCAACCACAAACACGUGUCGACUUGACAAAGUAUCUGGACAAUCAGAAGUUCCGAUUCGAUUACUCUUUCGACGAGUACGCCAACAACGAGCUGGUCUAUCGCUUCACUGCAGCACCACUCGUGAAAACCGUCUUCGACAAUGGAACUGCGACGUGCUUUGCCUACGGUCAAACAGGAUCCGGAAAGACGCACACAAUGGGUGGAGAUUUCUCCGGAAAGAAGCAGAAUGCGUCGAUGGGAAUCUACGCGUUGACGGCACGAGAUGUGUUCCGGAUGCUCGAGCAGCCACAGUACCGUCGCAAGGAUCUCUCGGUGCACUGUGCGUUCUUCGAGAUUUACGGAACGAAGACGUACGACUUGCUCAACGAUAAGGCCGAGCUUCGUGUGCUUGAGGAUAAGAUGCAGAAGGUGCAGGUUGUUGGGCUCAAAGAGGAGCAAGCGCACAAUGAGCAGGAUGUCUUGGAGCUCAUCAACAAAGGAACUCUGGUCAGAACCGCUGGAACCACUUCGGCAAACGCGAACUCGUCGCGUUCUCACGCCAUAUUCCAGAUCAUUCUUAGACAAGGCAAAAAGGUGUGGGGCAAGUUCUCGUUGAUCGACUUGGCUGGAAACGAGCGAGGACAAGACACGAGAGAAUGCGAUCGUGACACGCGGAAAGAGGGCGCCAACAUCAACACAUCGCUGCUCGCACUGAAGGAGUGCAUCCGUGGAAUGGCUCGCAACAGCUCACAUGUCCCGUUCAGACAGUCGAAGCUCACGAUGGUUCUCCGAGACAGCUUCAUCGGUGAGAAGUCCAGGACAGUGAUGAUCUCGAUGAUUUCGCCAGGGAUCUCGUCGAGUGAUCACACGCUCAACACACUUCGCUACGCGGAUCGUGUCAAAGAAAUGGGAACCGACGGAAGCGGCGAAGCAACCCCAAUUCGAGACGAGGAAUUGUUCCUGCCCCCAUCGGCAGACAAAUCGGAUGAAGAGUACGAUGAGAUGGUCGAGAAGCAAGAACAUCGUCGAGUAGCGGUCGAUCACGUCCGGAACCUGAAAGAUAUGUCUGAAAAGAUCAUACGCGAAACGACGAUUGUCCUCUCCAACGAGCCGAGUGCUGCCCAGAAAGCCGAAUGCCUCGCCAAGCUUGAUCAACUUGCGCAGAUAGUCUCGAACACCCGUGUCGCCGUGGAAAACGUCUGAUUGCUGAUUCCCGCGACGAUAUGCUACCCACUUCAUGUACCAUGAUUAUUACUCCCCGCCCCCCUCAUUAUUCACCAUUUUCUAUUUAUUUUUAUCGCAUUCCUCCAAUAUUUUACCGUAUUUAUUUCAUUUAGGGUAUGUGAAAAUUAUUUGACCCUCCCCUUCCAUCUUUUUCCCCUCUCGUUGUGAAUAUUUUACGGGUCCCCAUUUUUUCUCGGUUCCGUUUUAAAUGAACCAUUUUAUUCGUUU